AUGGUUGAUCAUAGAGGUCAUGAAAUGCAUAAGUCAAAUCAGAGUAACAUUAGUACAAGUAUCACAAGUCAAGUUAAUGAUAUAUCAGUUUCAAAUACAGUCAGUAUAGGUAACAAUAAUAUAUCGACUGAUAGGUUUCGGGAUGAUAAUCUCGAAGAGGAUGAAACAGAUGAAGCAGAGGAAACAACCAAGGUAGAAAAUGUGAAUAAUGAGGAAAAUCGAAUUACUCAUAAUUAUGAUAAUCAAACAACUGAUAUAGUAAAAAUGAAAAGUAAUCUUUCAAAUUAUACAAAUCAAAAUGAUCAUAGUAAAUCUCAAAAUUAUGAUGAAUUUGAUUCAAAAAGUGGAAUAAUCUAUCGAAAAUUAGAACCAUACACGCACACAAUUACAACAACAACUACUAACAUUACUACUAAUACUAUUACUACUGUAACCACUACCAAUUCAACUAUACCAUUAACUGUUAAAUUAAAUAUUCAUAAAGAGAAUGAAAAUAAUUUAGAAAUGUCCAAAGAUGAAACAAUGCGUAAUUUAGCUAGACGUACACUAGCCAUUGGUAUACCUGGAUUACAUCCAUCCAAUCAUAAAACAUUAUUUAUAUUCUCUGAAGAGAAUGCAAUUAGAAAAUAUUCAAAAAUUAUCAUUGAAUGGGGAUAUCCUUUUUUCUUUGCUAAUUUUUCAUGA